AUGGCAACUCCAUCGGCCAAACCAGGCGCCACGCCAACCCACCUUUCCUCUCCGCACCCGUCCUCCGCGGCUCUCUCCCGCUCCAUGGCUCAUAAGUCCCCUUCGACAAGAACUCCAACAGGCGCGGGACCUGGCCAUUCUCACCAGCUGAGCGCCUCUCAUCAUUAUUCCACUCCUCUUGCCGUUUCAAGCGCGGUCGAUGAUCCGGUCAAUUUCAGCUCCCCAUCAGCGCUACUCGCGCUUAGUGGUUAUGCAGGUAUCAGUCCCUCACCUGCUGUCCACGACGGUCUUGUUGGCUCCGGAAUGAGCGAAAAUGAUAUCCAAACCCUAGGAAUGCAAGGCAUCAAGCUAGGCGUCGCGAGAGAUAGUGACGAGGAAAUGAGACACCGAAUUGAGGAAGUGGUUCAAAGUCUUCGUGCUGCCGUGGCCGGUCGAGGUAUAUCUCGUGAGGGUAUUGAGCGACUGGGUAAAAUUGAAGGUUUCGAAUCUAUCUGGACAUUCGACAAUCUCAAUAUCGCUGGAAACUUUGUCGACCUGGAGAUUGACUUCUACCCGAAUGAGGCUGAUAUCGUGAAGGAUGUCCGCUUGCGUUACGCCACACCGGAACACGAAGAAGGCGAGCUACGAGAGGAAGCCACCACUGUUCUCAAACGCAAUCUUGUCCAGUCUCCGCAAGAUGGCGAGACCGGGAGGUGGAAGUCACUCCAAGGCUUCUACGAGAAUUUGCAAUGGUUAGCAAAACUUGAUAAAUUGAGCCAGGAGGUGAAUUGUUUUGAAGCUUUGGAGGGUCUUCAGGAGAAUCUCAAGCGGAUCUGGGUAGAAGAGGCGAAGCACGGAAAGUACAGUGGGGACUAUGAACAUCUUUGCACAGGAACAAUAGGUCGUCCGAGCAUGCACAAGGGCUCGCGCAUCGGACUUGGUUUAGAGUACUGGGUCGAACAAGCUAAAAUUCUUGAUACAAAGAAGAGGAAGAACCUCGACGCAUUGGCAAUUGAUCAAACGCAAGACCAAGCGGACGAAGAAAUGCAUGAUCAGGAGAGGACGUGGGCUAUCCUGCUUGAAUGUGAGGAAGGGUACCCGUCUCUCCGCAUCUCGAAGGAAUGGGUCGGCAGUGAAGUUUUGACGACUGGCGAGAAGACCGCCGAAGAAGUUUCACCUCACACUACAGGAUCUGUGAACUGGCUCGAUCCUCCCCAAACCAUGCGCUUGUCGCAUGGUGAUCAUCCUGACCCCAUGGUCCUGGACUCUAGCAUGCUUGAGUCCACUCUUCCUAACCGUCGAUUCGUCGCGAGGUUAGAGCCGGCUCUCGACAUGCCAAUUCCUGCAGCAUCCGAGAUCUAUAGACACCUUGGAAUGCAGCUACCGCAAGACUUUAAAAUGGUCACAUACGACGGCUUGUUGGUAUCGAAUGGGACGCCGCAAUCAACGGACACUUCACCACAUUUCUCUCGCAAAAAGCGCCGGAUGUCAGUGCAGGCAUUUGAUUCGACCGGUGAACCGUGUACGAAGCAACACAGCUAUACAUUCCAAGCAUUUGAGUCUGUUGCAGGUCGUACAAUUCGCGAACUACCCAUUUCACAUCCUCGUCAGCUUGCUGAUAUUCUUCCAAUGUUUCGUCAAUAUGCUUUACUUGCGAGUUUGAUCAGAAAAGUCUUCCAUCCUUCUGCCAAAGAUCAAACCCGGCUUUCAGAAACGAAAACCACAUCAAAACCCCAAGUUACUGCCGUUCAAGAACCAGUGUUCGUUACUGGCAAAGAGGGCACCAUCAUAUGGACCAAUGAUGAUCCAAACGAGGAAAUGUUGAACAAUCUGUUCGGUGAUGGCUCCUCGAAUCAAAGCGAAGCCACAUCCACGGCCUGGUCAUUCAGGAACUCUAGUAGGAGUCCAAGUCAUAUUUUCAAUGACGACGUCAAGGUGGACGUGACACUGCGAACACAACUCGGGCAGGCCCCAGCCCUCAUACUAUUGAUCACAGAUCCUGGUCAGAGCGCCGGAGGCUGUGUGCUUGAGCCCGUACAACUUGCAAUUUGCAUCGAAGUCGGCCUCAAUGGACGUAUUUCGGUAGUGGACUCCUCUGGACUCGGCGCCGACAAUCAUCAGGACGGUGGCGAUGCCGAGAUGCAAGGGACGGAAAGCCCGGAGGAAUCGCUGCAGGAGAUCCACAAAAAGAUCGCCAGAGUUCUGGAGAUCUCGCAAGACCUGGGCAUCUUAGUCGAGUGGGUCCUGCGCUGGCUGCGGCAGCGGGCCGGCAGCGGGUGA